CCAAUGUGUUUUACAAUGGAAAAGGGCACACUCACCUUUAUUUCUUUCUUGCAGGCACAAGACCUGAAUGUGAUUGAGGAGGUGAUCCGGAUGAUGCUGGAGAUCAUCAACUCCUGCCUGACCAACUCCCUCCAUCACAACCCCAACCUGGUGUACGCGCUGCUCUACAAGCGCGAUCUGUUUGAGCAAUUCCGGACCCACCCCUCCUUCCAGGACAUCAUGCAGAACAUAGAUCUCGUGAUCAGUUUCUUCAGCUCCCGGUUGGAGCACGCUGAAGCUGACCUGUCGGUGGAGCGCGUUCUGGAGAUCAUCAAGCAGGGAGCUGUGGCUUUGCCCAAGGACAGGCUCAGGGUAAGUGCUCAGCUCAUCAGUUAACAUAUGCUGUUCCAG